AUGUCUUGGUAUUCACAUUCAAAAUAUGAUUAUUUAUCAGAUAAAAACUUAGAAUACAAUAGCAAUUUUGGAGAUGAUUUGCCAAAUUUAACAAUUGAUAAGCAACAAAUUUUUGAAUUAGAAAAAUUUGCAUUAUAUCCUGAUUCUUUAGAUAGAAUAAAAAUAUCUCUUGGACAGAAAUCAUUUGAUGGUUUCAUCACUAAUACAUAUUUUCAUUCAUGGCAGAAGUCAACUGAAGUUAUACGUAAAAAAGACAAGAUUUAUUUAUAUAUUAAAAAUGCUCUUCAAAUUGCUAUAAAAGAAAUAACUGGAUUAAAUCUUUCAAAAGAUAAUCUUUUUGUAGCUGAUUUCUCAAAUGAGUCUAAGUGGAAACUUCUUCCAGAAAAAAUGCAUCCUUUUAUUGAUGAAAAAGUAAACAAAGAUCUUCAUUGCUUUCAACUAGUGAAAGUCAUAAAACCAAAGACUCUUCAUGCAUUAAGUGUAUUUGUUCAAAUUAUACUUGGAGAGAGUUACUUAUCACUCAUAUUGAAAAAGAUUCCACAGAACUCUGGCUAUAUGAAUGAGAAGAAGAAGAGAAAAAACUGA